AAGCAUUAGGACCAAUAAUGAGAGAUCUCAGAGGACCUGCCGCUCAGAGUAUUCUGCUUUCUUUAGAAGAGUUGUGCCUUGAUUCUGGAUGAUCCACAUGGUUCGUUUUUUUAAAAAAAAUCACCCCCUUUGUAGUUUAAUGGGCAUUCCCAUUGCUUUUUGUGCCUCUCUCUAAAAAGCAUUGACGUGGAAAGAAGCAGCAGCAGGGGGUGGAGGGACUGCAGCUCUUCUAAAAAUACGGAGGGCAUGCAGGAGUGCGAGCAGGCUGGGGAGGAGGAGGAGGGUGUGAGAGUGCCUCACACCAUGUUUUCUGGAUGCCAGCUGGGUGCAGUUUUGGAAAUGUUCCUCCUGUGAAUGGAGGCACCAUGAACAUUUGGGAAGUGAUCCUGGCUUUCUUAAUUGUGGUGCUCAUCCUUGUAUCGUUGCUGUCCAAUGUGUUGGUGCUGAUCUGCUUUCUGUAUAGUGCAGAUAUCCGCAAGCAAGUCCCGGGAUUGUUUAUCCUCAACCUGACCUUCUGCAACUUGUUGAUGACUGCUUUGAACAUGCCUCUCACUCUGGCUGGGAUCAUUUACAAGAAACCACCUGGAGGAGAACAGCUUUGCCACAUAGUGGGGUUUUUAGAGACUUUCUUGACUACCAAUUCCAUGCUGAGCAUGGCAGCUCUCAGCAUUGACCGGUGGAUAGCAGUGGUAUUUCCUCUAAACUACCAUUCCAAGAUGCGUUACAAAGAUGCUGCCCUCAUCCUGAGCUACACGUGGUUACACUCAGUAUCUUUCCCAAUUGUGGCAACUUCUCUUUCUUGGGUAGGAUUCCACCACCUUUAUGCCUCUUGCACCCUGUACAACAAGAGACUGGAGGACAGGACCCAGUUUAUGAUUUUCACAGGAAUCUUUCAUUCCUUUAGCUUUCUCCUUUCUCUCGUAGUCUUGUGUUUCACAUAUCUGAAAGUGCUGAAGGUGGCACGCUUUCACUGUAAAAGGAUUGACGUGAUUACUAUGCAGACCCUUGUGCUCCUUGUGGACAUCCAUCCCAGUGUAAGAGAGCGAUGUCUAGAAGAGCAAAAGAGACGGAGACAACGAGCAACCAAGAAGAUCAGUACAUUUAUUGGCACUUUUAUACUUUGUUUUGCGCCGUAUGUAAUCACAAGAUUAGUAGAAUUGUCAUCAAUAGUUCCCAUCAAUGCUCACUGGGGAGUUAUUUCCAAGUGUCUGGCCUAUAGUAAAGCUGUUUCAGAUCCUUUUGUGUAUUCUUUGUUACGACACCAGUACAAGAAAACGUGGAAAGACAUAAUAAAUAAGAUGCUGAAAAGAAGCUCAAUAAAUUCAUCAGCUCUCACAAGUGAAUCACAAAAUCGAAAUUUUUUGCAAGGGAACGAAUGAAGAGGCAAGGACUAUUUUGGAAAUGUAGCAUAAUGCUGGUGGACAAAAGCUGACGAAUGAUAGGCAGGCAUCUCUGGGAUCAUCAGCUGACAAUGUUUUGAAAAGCCUACCUGUUAAGUGUUCAGCAAUUUAGGUAAUUAAUUUUAAAUCAAAGUUGGAUGCCUUUUAAUUCUGAUAUACAAUAUAGCCUACAAGAUCUCCUUCAGCUUCAUGAAAUAUAUCCAUCCAUAUCUGCAAAGGCAUAAUCUUGUCUUUAUUUAAACAUGGAUUUGGUAUGGAUUAUAGUAAAGGAUGGUGCUUACAUAUCUGCCAUCCCUUUGAAACAUGAAAACACUGGACGACCUUGUGACACUUUUGAUAUGUGACAGCAAAUUGACACCUGCUAAAAUGUGAUUACAUAACUACAUGAUCUAUUCAAAAUAGACAUAACUAUUCUUCCUAAGAUAUGGCCAUAUGAGGUCAUACUUAAUUGCACAUAAACCUGUUGAGUGAGAAUCAGGGUAUCUCAUCUAUAAAUUCUUAGUUUGAGGUACUGCUUUCAUUAUGUGCAAAUACAAGAAAGGUAUUAUUAUUGGGCCAGGACACUGCUCAUAUUUUUUAAAGUGAUGCUCAUGCCCCUUACACACAAAAGCAUUUUCACACAUCAAAAUGGGGAUAUUAUGCGGAUUUCAAGUAUUAACUACAGUACACUGCUUCACUAUUUUCAGUCAAAGCUAUAGAAGCUUUCAUGGCCCACCAUCUCAGUGGUUGAGAAGAACCACCAUUGUAUGAGAUAAUAUAUUCUGCAAUCUGCAUGUGUCCAUUGGAGUACAGGUCUAGUCUUUUCCUUCUGGUCUUUCUCAAUUGUGUGCUACACUGACAUCCCACAAGAGAGGAAGCUGUGUCCCAUGUCACCUAAAUUGUUUCCAUAUUGCUAUGGUUUUCUGACUGUGAAAAAAAAAAUACCUAAAGUGUUUUGCAUUAAUGUGAGUCUGCAAGUACACUGGCUAAAUACAGACUGCUGGCGGUCUAGAAUGUAAUCUUCUUCACAAUAAGAGUCAUUAUGAACAUUGUGUUCUGUCUGGUCCUGAAGCCCUGACUGACAGCUUCAAGAGGUGCAUACAGAAAUGUUGUACAGGACUCCUUUGUCAGUGCUCAGAAGAACUGGAUCAAAACGUUUGCACAGAUUCCACGCAGACAGUUCUAUGAGCUCAUUGUAUUUGUUGUUGAAAGUAUUUAUGUUAAAAACAAUGUAUGAAAAAAGAAGUGUUUUAAGUCUGAAACUACCAUCAAGUGUAUCUGAACAACGUUAGACAUUUCUUUCCAGUAACUGGAAUGCUUAAACCGGAAAAAACAUUGGGAAUUUAUUAACACUAAAUUUUGAGAAUAACAUUCAGACUGAGUAAUGUAAAGUGAAUGGAUAUAUUAUUCAGACUUCAGUUGAUUCUUUUCUUUCCUCUUUUGUGAGUUAUGUUGGGAUGGGCUUGAGAGUGGAAUUCUACUGAUGCUGAAUCCCUUUCACUUACUCUGGUGUUCCACCUGUACCCAGUGUGCUAUUUGUGCCCAUUGAUCCAUAUCAAAAAGGCUGGACAAGUUCAUUCUUUUUUCUUUUUCUUUUGCACAAAUUUAUGAAAUAAAAUUGCCACACCUAAAAAAGACCCUUUCUCACUAUUCUGUACAACUGUAUUUAAAACUAGCAGCCAUUCUACAAACAUUCCAGAAUAUGUAAUUCUUAUUUUAAGAUAUGGGAGUUCAGGCUUAACUUUCUAUCCUGCCUAUUGAUUUUAUUUAUUUAUUUAUUUUUGGUGCAUUGAUAAUUGGAUUUGGAAGGGAGGAAAUAGUUGGAUCUUAGAAUUAUAAUUGCAAGAAAAUGGUCUCUGAGGUAAGAAUAAAACACUCUAUUUGUGGGAAUGAAAAGUAUGGAUACAUGUAUACAGGGCAAUGAGAAAUUCUUCAACAGGUAUAGGUAAUGGCAACAGUUUUCUCCCUUCUUUUUUCUUUGUGCCUAUAUACAGUAUAUAAGAAAGGGAGAGAGGGAGGGAGGAACAUAAAUUUAUGCUAAGUGGGUUUUUUUUUUAAAUGAGGAAAGAGUAUGAAAUAAAAAACUAUCAGUUUUGAUUAAAAAAUUUGCCCUCUGAGAAUUUCAACUGUAUUUAGAAUCAUAAAAAAUACAUGAUAUUUAUUAUCUGAAGUUGCAGAUCUCUCUCUCUCUUUCUCUCUCUUUCACACAGACACAGACACACAGACACACCAAAUGAAUACUAUACUUUUACAUAUUAAUGUGACACUUACACCCAACCAGAAUUGGGGCAUCUAAAUAACUUUCAUUAAAAAUUACCAUGUUUUUGUCCUCAAUGUAUCAUUCAACAGAUGACCCUUCCUGGUUUUACAUCUUCUGUAAACGUCAUUGCCCAAAAACUCUUUUGCAUACAUGAUUUCCCCUAUUUAAAUUUACUUCAAGCAUUCAAAAAGUGCAGCCCUUCUCAGAAAAAGAAUUGUAAGGAAUGAACAGCCAAGCAUAAGGUUCCUGCUUCUAUGGAAGGUUAUAAUCAUGUCUAUGUAAACAUAUUUUUACUUUCCUCAUAGAUCUUUCUGAUAUCAAAGAUCUUCAUUUACAAAAAGAACCGCUUUUUCCUUAGAAAUGAAUGGUACUUCACUGUCCUGCAAUGAUUUAGUGGUAACUAUGUAUCCAAAAUUCUCUCACAAUCAUAUAAAACAGUAUUGGCAUCUCCUUCCUCCCUCCCUUCCUCCCUUUUAGUUGACCUAUUAUUUAAAAUAGAAUGACUUGAUAUGUGAUACAAAUACAGUUGCCAAAUCUAUUUUAACUGAUGGUUUUUUAAUCCUACUUUUAAUAGCAUUAAGUUGAGGUCAACAGAAGCUACCCUUUCUAUGAGAAUACUUCCAUGUCAUUAUUAUUUUCUUUUUAAACUGUUAAACAAGAGAAAGACACAAUUUUCAGUUAAUUUAUAUUGCUGUUUCUAGAUAACUAUCAUCACUGCAUUUAAAAAACCAUUUGGUUUCACUCAUUUUGUUUUUGCAUUGAUCCUUAGGGCCUGUUGCAAAUUUAUCUGUUGCCAAAAUUACCUUUGCUCAAAUAUAAUAUUCUCCUGAAAAGAAAAUAACUGUGCCAUAACUGUGCAGUUCAAGGAAAGAAUUGUCUAUAUGACAUGGCUGAAUGGAAAGCCAAAGGGAUAUGCUAAUGUUCCAACUAUAAGAUUGUUCUCACUCAGCAGCAAGAUAUCAACUCAAUAGUGUAGAAAGUGGUGACGUGAAUCUGGUUUCUAACUCUCAUUCCAUGUUAUAAAUUCUGUAUCUCUGUAUCAUUUACUACUUGAUUCCUGGAGAUUUAUGGGGAACAGUUAUAUAAUAGGCUUGUUUGAUGCAGUGUAUUACUUUCAUCAUUUGACCGUAUGAGAACAUCUGUAGAUGGAUAAGUGAUUUCCUGAUGAUGGUUUCUGUCAUUUUUAAGGAGCUAAGGUAACUUUCUGGUUAUCAUAUUAAUCUAAAUUCUUACAACUGGAGGAGAAGCAACAUCUUUAUUUGGCUAGUUUAUUUUUGAGUGUAUUUUAUUUUAAGUGUAUUUUUGAGGUUUGAUGGCUAAUAACACCACUUUUUUUGGACUAGUAUCAUAAAAUUAUAUAUCAAUGGAAAGAUAAUAUAAUCAAUAAUUUAAUGCAACAAAGUUUGUUCAAUUAUCUGUAUUCUAUGAAAAGUUAUAGCCAAAUAAGAAAAAGGAAGCACAACUUGCUUAGGUUGAUAUCAGGUAGCUUUCCUUCAUCUGAUUGCAGCCAAUGAGCAUGAGUGUUUAGAAAGCCAAUCAGGUGUCAUCUUGUUUUGACAAUGAGCCAAUCAGAUCACAGUAGGAUUCAGUUAUUGAUGUCAUGUAUUGAAGCUGAGAGGAGGACAUUUGUCAGUGUUUUAUGUGAUCGCUAUCAAGUUGGUUGGUUUUUUUUGUGUUCAUUUAGUGAGCUUGUAAAACAUAAUAAAAUUAAGUAAUGGUGCAAAGAGUUGACUGGUCACCCAGAAAGUGAUGUAAAUAGUAUUAUUAAGUGAACAAGGCUACAUUUAUAAAGAAAUUAGGAGAAAAAUUGGUGGAAACUUAACUAAAGGUGGCAUUUCUAAGUUUUUGAAGAGGUACAAGGAAAUUCAGUCACUACAAAACCACACUGGUAAAGGCAGGAAAAGGUACACAACAGCAAGUGAUGAUAGAAAAAUUAAGAGACUGUGCCUAUGUGACAGAAGAAAAUCAUCUGGGUGUAUACAAGAUGAAAUGGUGCAAUGCAAUGUGAAGUUGAGUGCAAGGACUUUUCGGUGCAGACUUCAGGAAUUUGGCUUACAAUCUAGAAUUCCACAAAAAAAGCCACUUUUAUCUCUCAAACAAAGGUUGAAAAGCAUUACAUUCUUGAUUAAAUUCUUUCCAUUGAUAUAUAAUUUUAUGGUACUACUCCAAAAAAAGUGGUGUUAUUAGCCAUCAAACCUCAAAAAUACACCUUUCCAAAGGUUUCCACAAUUUUGGCCACUACUGUAUGAUAUAUGAAUUCAUCUUCCACAGUGCUUCAUAUGUUUUUAAUAAAAUGAGAUGACAAACAUGCCUAAUUGGUAUCCAGUAUAUUUAGAGAAACAUACACUCAAUUUCUGAUUUUUGCACCAUGCAUUAUAGCAUGGUAUGAGGCAAGAAUUUAUUCUCCAUUGUAUGUUGGCUGAACCAUUCUCUGCAAAUCUAUGAAUCUUCAUUCCAUAGAAUUCUAUAUGCUGAAAAGCAUUCAGGAUUGUUUACUGACAAAUAUAAAGUAGUACAAUGAUAAAUCAUACAAAAUUCUCCAGAAAGCUUUUGUAAAGUCACUGGAUUCCUUCAGAUUUGCUGUAAUUUUCACACAGUGAAGUCUUUUUGUUGUACAAUUAAGAUCAAAGCAGACAAUUUUUAGGUUGGAGUCAAGUUUCUAUCUGUGCGUCUGUAAUAAACUGCAUAUCUAUAUUGCGAUAAGGCAUGAGGAAUGCAAGGUCCUCUAAUUGGACAAUAACUUUCUGAUCUCUGGCAUUGUUGAUAAGAUCUCAUGGAAGUCGGAAUCCAACAACCUCUUAACCAUUCUCUUCAAAUCUAUGAAUCGGAUUCAUUCCAUGGAAUUCUAUAUGCUUAAAAGCCUUCAGGAUUCUUUACUGACCACUGUAAAGUAGUAAUUUCUGUUCUCUACCAUUGUUGAUAGUCAGAAUUUAAUAACAUCUUCAGGGUUGUUUAUUCUUGAGUCUUCUAUCAACUAUUGUAGCAUAAUUGGACAUUUCCCUUUAAAUCCAGUAUUUUCCAACAAAUAUGCUAAAAUACUAAUGGUUCGAUUCAAUCUGAAACUGGAAAUUGAUGGCCAUUUUGCUGUGAAUGACCACCUUGAGGCUGAAAUACAUUAGGGCCAAAACAUUUGAGGGUAUCACAGGUUCUCCAAUUUAAUAUAUUAUCAUUUGUUUCAUUUUUAACAAACAAGAACAGAUUUUAGGUAUGGUAUGCAGGCUUGCCUAGGAUGCAUAUUGUUUAAUUCCUCAUUAAGUAAUAACUAAUGUAGCUAUUUUAUUCCAUCAUUCAUUAGAUAAUCAAAUAUUACUUUAAGCAAUAAAUAUUUCAUACAAUUAUAAUUCUUUCAGAGUGCCUUUCCCCCAGAAUUAAUAGUAAGAAGUUGGUGUUGGUUUUUUAAAAUUUCCUCACAAGAACCUGUUAUCAUUCUUCUUCUUCACAAAGCCGAUAGAAAUAAAAUAGCCUUGCCAUGCUGGGACUUAGACUGAGAUAUUAUAUUAGGGAAAAAUACAACAAUUUAUUGAUAACAACUGCAAUUCAAGUUAUACGUGUUUUAUAUGUUUGGCAAAAAUGUAAGAUAAUUAGGUUUUGUUUUUUUUCAAAAUGUUUUUUUCAAAAAACUAAAAGAUUGGUGAAGAUUUUAAUUGAUAUUAUUUAUGAUUCUAUUCCUCUAUGAUUUUUAGGGAAGUAGUUGUAUUAGUAUAUGUAUUACACUUUUAACUAUUUCAACACACACUGAAAUGCAAUCAAGAAACAAUUUUGAGGAAUCCCUUCCACCCAAAGAAUAUCUAUCUUUUAAUUAUUCAGAAACAGAGGGCCCUGGACUCUCAUUUUGAUUGUAAAAUACAUAACUCAGCACUGAAUUUGUAAUUUGAUAUUUAAAAAAUCAUUCAUGCAAACCAAUGAAUAAUGCCUGCUAUUAUGUGUAUGGUCAAUGACCUUCCAGCAUGGGAAUUAACCUGGAGGGCUAUAAAAAUAGGUCAUAAAGAUAAAUUAUGUCCAUGGUAAUUACAAGAUUCAUUAUUAUUUAACUUAAUAUCAGUUUGAUCUAUUACUUAUAAUUAAUGGUUUAAUGAUAUGUAAUCCUCUGAUAGAAACAUAGAGUUGCUAUAAUAUAUAAUUUGAUAAAUAUAAUAUUUAUUUUUUUUCAAAAUGAUCAAAAUCUAUAUGUCAAUUUGUGAAUUCAUAUAAUUUUUAUUUUAGCCACUAUAUUUUUUAUACAAUUAUAAAAUUAGUUCCUAUAACAUGACACAAUAAUCAUAAUGUGAUUGUUUAAUCUUAAUCAUUAAUCCCAAUUCUUACCUGUAGUUGUUCAUUUGUUCUAAAUAGAUUGGGCUUAUUUUUCUAGGUUUUCCAAACAAGCUAUGGUGAAAAUCAGGAAUAACAGUUUCCCAAUAGCUUGGUUACUUUUUUUUAAUUUCUUUUAUUUCAAUUCUAAUACAUGCGGAAAAAGAUUUAUCUUGUUCAGUCUUUCUGUAACUGUAACACUUGUAAACUGUAUUGAAUGAUUUGAUAUUUAAUAUUUCUGUUUGCAAAAAUGUUGUAGUUAGACUUUUUAAAAAAGAAGCUAAAGAAUUCAACAGUCACGUGUGAGUUGAUAAUUAGCCGCCAAGACUUUACGUCAAAAGUUCUCCAGUGCACAUUGUCUAGUAGUGUAAAAUCUGAAAAUAUUUAUAAUGCUAUAGAAUUAGGAUUGAUUUGUUUAUUUUUGUCUAGGAAAAUAGAAAUCUUAAAUAGCACUCCAUUUACCAUUUUUGAAAAUUUGAAUUUUCAAUUCCAUUUUUUCCAUUAGAUUUCAGAACAUGAGUUUUUAUUUAUUUAUAAAAAAAUACAUGACAGCCCAUUUUAAAUAAAUAUCUCUCAGUGGCAAAUAAUCAAUUGAAAAGAAAAUGGAGGCAUAACAAUUCCAUAAAAUUAACAGAUAUAUAUAACAGCCUUCUGGAAGUGAAACUGACCAAAUCUCAGGGACAAUCUGAGGUUUUUCAUUUUUUUUAUACCUUUUCUUGUUAAUAUAAUAUAAUCGCAAACAGUGCAGAAGCAAUUAAAAACAAUUGAUUUUUGAAUCAGUGGGAUUUAUUGCUAUCUUUUUUUUAUUGCAAGCAAGGAAUUCCACUGAUUCAAAAAUCAAUCAUUUUGUUAAUACCAUUGCACUAUUUAUGACCACAUUAAUGGGCAAAACAAAAUCAGGAAAAAAUAGAAAACAUUUUAUAAUUUAAAUAUUUAAUUAAUAAAAAUACACAAUUAUCCUUGAUUAAAUGCCCCAAAGUCUUAACAUUUACCAUAAAUAGUUGUGAUAUAUGCGGUUCAUAAAAAUAGGGAAUUUCAAGGAUGAGUUUAUUUCCAUAUUUUAAAAAUUCACACGAGUGGGAUAAGUUUAACUGUUGUUUGUUCAAUUGUAUGUUAACAGAAUUGUUAUUAUAUGUGAGGACAAUCUGGCUUCAGCAUCUGUGACCCUAUUGAUUUGGCAAAUUGUAUUUGAAUUUGCAUUGGUCUGAGCAGUGUUUUCAUCAUGCUGUGGUUAUUAAUGGAUGUUCUUUGAAAGAAAUGGUGGGGAUUGUUUACCAAACAGAUUUUGUAGCAGAAGAGCGGUGAACUAUUUUUUUUAAAAAAAUAAAAAUAUAUCAAGUAAAAUAAUAGAGGAUAUAUACAUACCCUAUAUAUAAAUUAAGGGACUUGAGAUUUUUUUACAGAAUGGAAGUAAUAUAACGAAAGGAAAAGUAUUGAUCCAAUGAACUACCAUUGCAAAAGUUUCUUAUGAAUGUAUUUAUUUCAGGUUGUCAUCUAGAUAGUAUGUAAGUACCCUUUAUUGAAAAGCAAAUAUGCAAUUGCUCUUAUAACCCAAAUAUGACACCUUGCAUGCCAAUCGCUAAUUGUGUAUAAUUAAGCAAUUCUUCUCAUUUUGGCCAGAAAUGUUACUGCACUUAAUUUCAGUAUGUUCAAGAGUCAACAUUUAUGGAUCCAUGUGCUACAAAAGAAAUUGUAAAAAAAAACCCACUGUCAAUGUUCUUGUCAGAGUACUAAAACAAAAUUGUCUGUCUUCAUACAGUUUAAAUCUGAUUCUGCUUUCAGUUUUAUUCUGUUCUUCCUGAAACAUAUGAACAUUAAAGGAAUAAAGACUGCUUUGAUUUCA